AACCUGCUCCAGUGUUGGUCAAAUCUGGUCUUGAAACAGCUCACACUCGGUGCUGUCACAACACACUGGCAAGUUGCUCGCGCUUAAAUAAUACUCAUGCAAAAACCUUAUAUAAUUGAAUGGGAAGUUAUUAUAAAUAAAUAUAUAAUAUAGACGUCGACACGAGAUCACCACUUUGUUUUUCAUCAGGUGUAAAUAAAGCACUAGUGAUAGCCUGUGAUUUAUCACGUGCAGGCGGUCAGAAACGCCGACACACACCUAAUUGAAGUGUAUAGACAUCUCAGAAGGCACUACUCAAUCAGCUGAUGGACACUCGCCCCACAAGGAGUCAUAGCUCAAGGUUGAAGAAGUCUAAGUCCAGAAACAGAAGGCAAGCUUUUUCGGAGUGAGAAUUGUAAACUGUUGGAACAACCUGCCAGAGAGCGUUGUGAUGGCACCGAGUGUGAGCCCUUGCAAGACCAGACUUGAUCAACAGUGGCGCAGGUACAGAGGUACUCAUACAUUCAGGAGCCAGUACAUCCCCAGUACUUGCCAAUAGUGCGUAACCAACCGCCCAACGAACUGUCAGUGACGCAGAGGAUAAAAGUGACAAGUAACGAGAUAAGGAAAAUCCUUGACGCUACGUAUGCUGGCAAUGAGGAAAACUGGGAUUUAAAUUCCAGUGAUGGCAGCUGCGGGGUGGCGGAGGAGGAUGGGUCAACUGGGCAUCUGGUGGACGUGGACAACACUGCUCACGCUGGCUCAGAUAUACCUAUAUCAGCAGGAGGGCGGCCUCACCCACACACUCCAGCCACACCGCACCCAGGGCCGAGAGAACGUAUAUAUGCAUAAACACUGUGUUAAGAUCACGUGUUGGCGAUGGAACCUCCGGUACCCCAUCAUUAAUAACAACGACCACCGCCUGGUACGUUACCUGCGGCACAUGAUAGACCCUCCACCGCAUGCCGCCCCUCUCCAUCACCACCCUCUCUGGGACGCACCACGCUUACCCCCUCCAUCACACUCCAGUCCUACAUCCAGAAGGACCUCAGGACGCUUCCGCCAUCAUCAGCAGCUGGGGACUCCAGUUACUGACCCUGACCACCCUCCCUGGGAGAACAUCACCUCCUACAAGGCCAUAGAGAGGACCAUCAGGGACUUGCUGGGUAACACGGUUGGCGGAGUAUUUGUGGAGAUGGGGUCGCAGGAUGGACUAUGGCUGAGUAACAGCUGGUGGCUAGAGGUCGUUCAAGGCUGGCAGGGGUUACUGGUGGAGGCCGACCCUCUCAAUUACAUCGAGCUUCGAGCCUCGCCCAGAACCUCCCGCACCCUCCCUGUCUGUGUCACCACCGGAGACAUCCCCAAACAGAUCUGGUGUCUCUAGACAGAGUCGUCUCCCGUAGCGGCCGGCUAAUCCACACCCCCGCCACAUGUCUCACAUGUGGGAUACAACCCUGCCGACAACAAGUCUCCUGCACCGCCCGGAGGGGAGGGGGAGUAUUGUAGUGGAAAUUUCCCCUACAACUACAACUGCCGUUUCUUGCUGACUAGCCGAUCCCUUUUCGGGUUCCCCAGCCAAUGCCUCGUGGUCUAAGGUUGGCUACUAGCGACGCCUAACAAAGUGAGGUCAGCUAUCAAGCCACGCCUACCUCCGCUAUAUAAGACCUCACCUUGCCGUGAACGCCCUUCUACCUACAGC